AUGGACGUGUACGCAUCACUCUCCUUUGAAGCCAUGCGGAAUACGUCGCCGCCAAGUAUUGGCAAGCGGCCGCUGAAGAGCUACAUCUGCAGACCGCCGGAGGAGCUGUACGAUUUGGAAGCCGACUCAGAGGAGGUGCACAACCUGGGCACGCUGGAGUAUGAUUCAGUGUUGAAGCAGAUGUGGGAAGCAGUCGAGAAGUGGCAGAUGGAGACGAAAGACUUGUGGCUAUGGAAAGAUGGUGUUUCAGUGCAGCGAUUCAAGGAGAUGGAUAUGAGAGGGAUGGAGCCAUACAUUGAACUCGUUCUCUUUGGCGACCGCAGCGCUCUGGCAACGGGUAUUGCCGUGUAG